CAAGAAUGAAACGACAGAAAAAAAACUGAAAUUAGUGCGUCACAGAAUGUUUAGACCAAUGGCGGACCACAAAUGCGUUUUUAAAAAGCGGAGUUCAAACCAUUCGGGGUUUCAGACCAGACGCUCCAGAGCGACACAAGAUGGUGUGCUCCUCUUCUCCUCUGCUCCUCCUCCUCCUCUCUGUGGUUGUCCCCUGCGUCCCCCUGUCCUCGUGCGUUCCUCUGCCCACACACGAGCCUCCUCAGCUGGGUUUGGCUCUGCUGCACCUGCGGGCUCUUCUGGACCAGCCGCUCGCUCUGGAACUACAGACCCACCGGAGUUCAGAUCAAGACCCGGGACUGGACCAAAACCAGGACCAAGACCAAGAACAGGAUCUAGAUCAGGAUCUAGCCCAGGAGGAAGAGCUGACUUCCGUGGAGCCCUUUGGGAGCUGGGACACAUCAGACCUGGACUCAAACCAGGCUUCCGACCAGGACUCACAACAGGACUCAGACUCAGAAUCGAACCAAGUCUCAGCUCAGGUCUUGGGUCACGUCUUGGUUCCGGACUCAGCUCAGGUGUUGGGUGAGGUUCUGGGUCCGGACGGUGAGCAGGUGUUGUCCCGGUUGGGUCGUGGGGACAUGCAGCGGGACCUGGAGGACGGGGGCAGACUGACCGAGGCUCUGACCGCUGUGGCCGGGGGACUCCAGGCCGUGAGCCGAGAGAAAGGAGGGUUUGGGUUCAGGUUCGGACGCAAGAGGUGGACCCCCAGAAUCCCAACCAGGACCGGACUAAACCAGGACUGAACCAAGUCUAAACCAGGACUAAACUAACACUGAACUAACACUGAACCAGCACCGAACCAGGACUGAACCAGCACUAAACUAGGACUAAACCAGGAUGGACUAAACCAUACUGAACCAGGUCUAAACUCGUACUAAAACAGGUCUAAAGCAGGACUAAACUAGGACUGAACCAGAUCUAAACCAGGAUUAAACCAGGACUGAACCAGGGCUGAGGAGGGUCCAGAUUGAUCAAACCAUCCAUUACAGAAUGUGUUGGCCUUGUUUAGUCCUGGUUUAGUCCUAGUUUAGUCCUCAUUUAGUUUAGUUUGUAAAAAGUCUAUUUAUAAAGAAAACAAAACCUUAAGCCUUCAGUUCUGCCUAGUAACAGCUGAUCUGUUUUCUGAUAAGUUGAUUUUCUCAGCCCAGAGUCAUGUGUCUAUCAUUAGAUUUAAGAGUUAAGGCUUUGUUUAGUCCAGGUUUAGUCCAGGUUUAGUUCUGGUUAGUUCUGUUUUAGCCCUGGUUUAGACCUGGUUUAGGCUCAGUUCAAUCCUGGUUCAGUGCUGGUUUAGUCCUGGGUUAGACCUGGUUUAGACCAAAUUUAGUCCUGGUUAACUCUGGAAAAUUCAGCACUCACGUCUGCCUAGUAACAGCCGAUCUGUUUUCUGAUUGGUUGAUUUUCUCAGCCCAAAAGUCAUGUGUCUAUCAUUAGAUUUAAGGGUUUAAUCCUGGUUUAGUCCUGGUUAAGACCUGGGUUAGACCUGGUUUAGACCUGGUUUAGUCCUGGGUUAGACCUGGGUUAGACUUGGUUUAGAAAAAAAAUUGUUCUGGUUUACUCUAGAAACUUCA